UGACAGACUGAAGAAACAAACUGAUAACCCUGUAAAUAGGUAUUCCGUAUAUUAUUAGUAAUACAGUGUACAUCAGAAUGCAGGGAAUAUUCUGUAUUCUGAGGUAGUAAUGUUGAGAUGAUGGAAAAUUUUUAUGAAAUCGAGUUGUUUUAAACCUUGGUGAGUGCCGUGAAAGGCCUAAAUUAACAGAAAAGACUUUGAAAUAUGUUUUGUGUACGUUCAGUAAUACAGAUUAGUAAUCAUGUGCUGCUAAGAUGUGAAGCUGUGUACUAGAAUAAAUUAAGAACAUUAUUAAGGAUUUUGGUCUAUUACAAGUGCAGUCCAAUUUGGGUGAAAUUACAUAUGAAGAAGUGCCUUUUGUAAUAUUGUGAGAAAAUGACUAAUAGUGUAUUACCACCAUCAUUUAUCUAAAUAUCUAAUGCGAUGCAAAUUUGAUUUGUAGUUAAAAUGGCUGACCCAAAUUAUCAGGGGGACUACAUCAAACACCCAGUGGUUUAUGAAUUGUCCCAUAAAUAUGGAUUGUCUAUUGACAAUCUUAACGAUGCUCAAUUACCUAAUAAAUUAGAGGAAUUAAAGGACAUUAUAAGAAAAGAAAUUAGAAAGGAAUUGAAAAUUAAAGAAGGUGCAGAAAAAUUAAGAGGUGUUUCUACUGAUCGAAAAUCUCUUAAUCAUGUUGCUACCAUCGUCAAAAACUCUAAUUGGAAAUUAACUGAACUUAAAAAUGAACUAAGUGAGCUAGAAUCACAGAUUAUCCUGACUCAAGGACAAAGCACUCCAAACACCUCAAUGAAUGAUAAUUCGAAAAUAUCAGAUAAUCAGAACUAUGAUAAAUCAAAUUUUAAUCACUGCAGCAAAAUUGAAAACCUUGAAAAGCAGCUUAAUAUUGAACUUAAAGUUAAACAAGGCGCUGAAAAUAUGAUUCAGAGCAUUAUUGGAAAAGAUAAGAAAUUGUUAGCAGAAGCCCAACAAAUGUUGCAAGAUUCUAAGAAAAAAAUAGAAUAUUUAAAAAUGAAAAUUACAAAGUUAAAACAUGAUACUGAUUUAAAAUCACGAGGCCUUAUAACUGAUAAUAAUGAUAAUGGAGAUUUGUCCCAAAGAGAAUUGGAACCUCUUUUGGAGGAUAGAAUAGAAGACUUAAAGCAUAGAUUAAGAGUCGAAGCAGCUGUGGUGGAAGGAGCAAAAAAUGUUAUCAAGUUGCUACAAAAUGGAAAUAAAGAGAAGAGUGAUAGGAGAGCUUUGACAGAGGCUCAAGAGGGUUUGAGGGCGAGUAGCAUGAAGUUAGAUUUAUUAAAAAGAUCGUUAGAAUUGAGAAAAGCAGAAUUGCCGUCCGAUUCUCCAAUGGCUGUUCAACUCAAAGAGGAGCUGGCAAAUGCUCUACUUUGUAGCCCUGUGUCUAUUCAUUAUACUAGUCUUCAACCAUUCAAAGAGACAAUAACCAAUACAAACAUAUAUACGUCAUCAUUUAGUAGAUGCGCCGCAGUGACUGGAACAUUAGAAGUUAGGCUGAUGGGUUGUCAAGAUCUUCUCGAAGAUGUGCCUGGAAGACCUCGGAAAGAUGCGGAUCAAUCGACCACUAUGGAUUUAAGAUUUUUCAAGAAGGGAGUUACAGGACGCACAUCUUUGAAAAGUUACAGUAUUAAGGAAGAAGUCAGUGAUGAAAUUAUGGCAGUAUUAAAGUUAGACAAUACCACAGUCGCUCAAACUAGUUGGAGACCUUGUUCACAACAGGCUUGGGACCAGAGGUUUUCCAUUGAACUAGAUAAAUCAAGAGAAUUAGAAAUUGGCAUUUAUUGGAGAGAUUGGAGAUCUUUAUGUGGUAUAAAAUUUUUGAAACUUGAAGAAUUUAUAGAUGAUGAAAGACAUGGGAUGGCACUACAUUUGGAGCCUCAGGGAUUACUUUUUGCUGAGAUAAAAUUUUUGAAUCCCAUGGUUUCUAAGCGACCAAAACUUCGGAGACAAAAGAGAAUAUUUAAACAAGUCAUGCCAAGGGCUAAGCAAAUGAAUAUCAAUAUUGUAACAUGGGGUAGAUGGAUGAAGCAGUCUUCUAGAAUUCCUGCAAAAGAACAUAUAAUAUCUAUAGAUGAUCAAAUAAUACUAGAUAAACCAGAAACACCAGGAGAAACUCCCGAUCCUCAAGUUCUUGGUCUUGGGGGACAAAGACCUUUGGGGUUAGUAUUAAAUAUUGCCAAUGAACAACCUUCACCACCAGCAACGGCUAUUCUACCAAAAGUUGCAAAAAAAGGAAUAUCUGUCACACCACCACCAAUUCCGCCAAGACUGGACCCAGAGAGUGCUGCUGCUUUGAAAGAAUUUGAUUUUCUAGAAGAUCAAGAAAUUUCUCGUCCAGGUCCCCUUCUAAUUCCAUCUAAAUCUAUUUGUUCAGAGAAACUGGAGCUUCCUAGUCCACAACCUGUUAUUGAGUUUCCAGAUGAUGAGCCAACAUAUGUUUCAACAAGUAUUAUUACAAGAGAAUUAAGCUACAGAGAGAAUGUGUCUGAUAUAAGAAGCCAACCUCAGCAUUCGGGAAUGGGCAUUGAUCAUUUUAAACUUAUAAGCGUACUCGGAAGAGGUCAUUUUGGCAAAGUUAUUUUAUCCCAGUAUAAGAAUACGGGAGAAUAUUUUGCUAUCAAGGCGUUGAAGAAAGGAGAUAUUUUAGCACGUGACGAAGUGGAAUCGCUGUUAUCAGAAAAAAGAAUAUUUGAAGUGGCAAAUUGCAUAAGACAUCCGUUUUUGGUUAACUUAUUUGCUUGCUUUCAAACGGAUGCUCAUGUGUGUUUCGUUAUGGAAUAUGCGGCGGGUGGUGAUUUAAUGAUGCAUAUUCAUGCCGACGUCUUCAGUGAACCAAGGGCUGUUUUUUAUGCAGCGUGUGUUGUCCUAGGAUUGCAAUAUUUACACGAGAACAAAAUAAUUUAUCGGGAUUUAAAAUUGGACAACCUUCUCUUGGAUACGGAAGGCUAUGUGAAGAUUGCGGAUUUCGGUCUUUGCAAAGAAGGUAUGGGUUUCGGUGAUCGUACGGGGACAUUCUGUGGGACGCCAGAAUUUUUAGCCCCCGAAGUUUUAACAGAAACGUCCUAUACCAGAGCCGUGGACUGGUGGGGUCUCGGUGUUCUUAUAUUCGAAAUGCUUGUUGGAGAAUCGCCUUUUCCAGGAGAUGAUGAAGAAGAAGUGUUUGAUUCCAUAGUGAAUGAUGAAGUUCGUUAUCCUCGUUUUUUGUCCUUAGAAUCAAUAGCAAUUAUGAGGAGGCUGCUUCGUAAGAGUCCUGACAGAAGAUUAGGUUCUAGUGAAAGAGAUGCAGAUGAUGUAAAGAAGCAAGCAUUUUUUAGACAUAUCCAUUGGGAUGAAUUGCUACAUCGAAGGAUACCACCACCAUUUGUUCCUACUAUUCAUUCUAUGGAAGAUGUAAGCAAUUUUGAUGAAGAAUUCACAUCAGAAAAGCCACAACUCACACCUCCGAAAGAACCAAGACAACUUACUAGCCAAGAUCAAAAUCUAUUUAGAGAUUUUACAUAUAUAGCUGACUGGUGCUGACAAUAAUACUAAAAUGUAUUAUAUUUGAUAUUCAUAGUUUUGAAAAAAUAUUAUAAUGCAAUGAAGAACCAUUAUCUGAAAUCUUGAUCAAUAACUGCCACAACCGUGGCAUUGUGUAUAAAGAACUAACGCUUUUAGAUGCAAAUCCUAUAGAUAUCCAUCAUUUAGAUUAAUAAUAAGAAUUUCAAUAAAAACGUUUUAUACAAA